GAAAGAAGUUUGAAGCGUCAUUUUCGUGAUCCUGUUCAUCGCGUUUGUUCGAAAACGAUAGAUUUGUGAAUCUUUAUUCUACAGCCAUUUUGCUUACUUUUGAAACAAAUAUAGUUAUCUAAACGAUGUCCUCACACGGUCGAAAUGAAUGCCGCAUUUAUGUCGGAAAUUUGCCUCCAGAUAUACGCACCAAGGACAUACAAGAUUUAUUCCACAAAUUUGGUAAAGUAACAUUCGUUGACUUGAAAAACCGUCGAGGGCCGCCAUUUGCUUUCGUAGAAUUUGAAGAUGCUCGCGAUGCUGACGAUGCUGUUAAAGCCCGCGACGGUUAUGAUUACGAUGGGUAUCGACUGCGGGUUGAAUUUCCACGCGGUGGUGGACCCGGCAGUUACCGGGGUAGCCGGGGUGGAAAUAGUGACCGCAGUGGUGGACGUGAACGCAGCAAUCGUGGACCACCGGCAAGAAGAUCACAGUUCAGAGUUGUUGUCACUGGUUUGCCAGCUUCUGGAUCCUGGCAAGAUCUCAAAGAUCAUAUGAGGGAAGCUGGCGACGUUUGUUUUGCCGAUGUUUAUAAGGAUGGAACGGGAGUAGUUGAGUUCUUAAGACACGAAGAUAUGAAGUAUGCCAUAAAAAAGCUGGAUGAUUCACGGUUCCGGUCACAUGAGGGUGAAGUUGCUUAUAUCCGCGUGAGAGAAGAUUCCGGAAACGAGGAACGGCGCGGUGGUGAAUAUCGCGACAGAUCCUACUCCCCUCGCAGACGUCGUGGAACGCCUACCUAUUCACCGGUACAACGCAGUUUUUCGCGAUCUCGUUCUCGCUCUUUCAAUUACUAGAUAGAGAAUCAUUGGAAGAUGAUAGCACGAAUUCUGAGGAAAGGAUUCCAAGUAAUUUGACGAAUUUUGUACAUUUUCACAAAACAAAACAAAAAUCAAUUCAGCGCCAUCAUUCACACAGUUUUCCUGAUCCCGCGAAGAUGUCAAAUGUUCUAUUUUAUUCACUAUAAAUCACUAAAGCUGGACCAGUCGCGAUGAUUCAGCAGUUCUGUUUUCGCAAGAAAAAUAAUUCAUUUUCGUACAUUCCUUUGGAAAAAUAAUGGUGACCCGGAAGAAUAAUUUCAUUUUCAUCGGAAGUUGAUACUUUUAAUACUAUACGGUCCUUAUUGUAAUCAGAACGAUAUUAGUGCUAAGAACAAUUCAAGCGAAACUGUAACAUUUGAACGUAUUAUUGCUAUCAGAUAAUCAUUGUGUAAUUCCGAGAUAAGAUAUGCACGGUUCCGUAGGGAUUUUAGAUACUGAAUUUUGUUUUCUUCUAGCCUCUGAAAAUCGACACGAAGAUUCCUAUCGGGGAAGGAUGAGUCAGAAAGUUUUCUCUGCAUUUUUUUCGACGAAAUCAUGAAAACUAUCUGUUCUAAAACCUGUUUCUUCUUCUUCCAAACAGGACAAGGACUCUCCCUGUUUGUAAUUUACGCAUGGGACUUUUCCUGACGUGAAUCUGCUGGGACAUAGGAUCAGGAUUUUAAGCACAUCUAGAGAUCGGAUUCCCCCUUGGUCAUUUAGAACACCGAAUUUUCGUGUUAUGGAUCACUGGAAUAUUCAAAGGAAAUGGAAUCAGGGAUCACAGGAUUUUACACGACCUAGCUUCAGGAGAUGUGAUGCUCCGUGAAAAUAUUUCCGUUGAAAUUGGUAGUUUAUGCUCCUCCGUUUUCAACACCAUUUCAACAUUUCGGAAUUAAUGAUAAUAAUUGGUAGAAUAAGAGUUGUUGGAGAUUGGAUAGUAUAUCGACGGUUCACAGAAAUAUCGUUGAACCAAAAUUGAUAUUCAUUUCUCGCGAUGGAGGAACCAUACCCCUUGUGGACAAAUCAAAUCUGUCUAGAUUUUGAACAAAAAAACGCUACAGGAGGCAAGGAUUAGAGGACGAGGAGGAACGUCGGAUUCGAAACGCAUAUGGAUACUGUUAUCUUGGAUAUCAUUUGGAGUGUCACUAUGAAUUUAUUAUGUACCAAUGGAUUAAAAAACGGAUGUAAGUCGAAAGUAAUCUACAUUCGUUUGACGGAACGGUAAAAUGAUAUUUCUGUAGUCAACCGCGCAUACAAGAACAUUUCCAGCAGUUCUUAUUUUGGCAAUUGGCAGUCAAAGUCAUUUCUCGAUCAUGGCUUUUUUGGAAUUCUGGAUAUUUUGAAUAAGAGUGGAGACACUUGGUGAAUUGGAUUCAAUUUUUACAACUAAGUAACAAGGAUCGACUUAGGAAAAUUUGGAAAUUACCAGAACGGACUUCGUGGGACUUAUUCUGGGAAUAGUCUUCAAUUUCGGAUUUUGGAUUUGGAAACGUUUCUCUUUGGUUUCGUAACUCAUAUUCUGGACACCGAGGGAAUAGGAGGUCUUCUGUCUAUUCGAGGCUAGUUCUUUCUACUACACAAUGGAGAUUUCUAACGUUUUACGGAUCUUUGUCGAAGGAAAGGAGUACUGGUGUGUAUAACUUUUAUUCAAUUAUAAUUAACAUUUUUAACAGUCGAUUCCUAGCUCUUAUGUUUAAUAACACAAAUUUUAGAUGUUUUGCAUAUUCUCUCCAAGAUUUCCCUAGUUUUUGGAAUCGUCUAUUUAUUUUUAUAUUUCUCAUCACAUAUCAUAUUUUGUUGGAACGCAAAACAGUAGUCACCAGUAUUUUCUAUUAUCUAUGCGAAUUUCAACAAAUAGUAUGAGCAUGUGGAUUUCAGCUAAUUAGUUAUGGGCAUGAAUUCAUAACGUGAUGGUGAAAACAGAUAUGCUAAGCAACAUUUCCCGUUAUAAAAGAAACAUUCAGUCAUUCAGAAUACUGGACAAUGAUACAAACGCAGAUAAAUUUCUGUGAAGUGAAACCAAAAUUAAGCGGAGAAAGUGAACACAUUCAGCGUCAAUUUUCUAUCUUCAAACCAGUGACUAAUGCGUCAGAGCUACGGAUUCCGAAAAGUGUGUUGCUAUAAUAAAAAUACAUACAAAUGGAAUAAUUAAUUUA